AUGACACGUCUAGUUGCCUUAUGUACAAUUCUCUUAUUGUUGAACUCGACUUAGGCUUACUUCAUUGAUAAGGCACAUCGUCAACAAGCUCAAGAAUUGAUAAACAAAUUUGUUUUCGGAUUCACAUAAUAAUUUGAUGCCCUCUCCGCAGAAGGUCUGGAUCACAUAGGAAACAUGAAACUGGCAUUCGAUUAUUGGAUAACCAAGUUUAAAAUCCAUGGUUUCGACAAGAUGAGUAUAAAUUUUGAUGUAGAUCACGACAUCCUUGAAAUCACUCUGCCUACAGUUAAUCUAGACAUCAUUGUUGAAGAUUCCUAUACCAUCCCUGUAAAAAUAGAGAACUUAACUGCUUCAAUUAUCUUUGACAUUGAUCCAACUCGAUUCAGAUGUUAAGGAGUUGAAUUUGAUUAUGAUAAUGUGUCCUUGGAUGUGAAUUUGGUUGUCCAAUACUUUAGUAAAAUGUUAUUGUCCCUCGACAUGGUGAAGAAUGCUAUCAAAACAGCUGAAUUGCCUAUUAGAAAUGUUAUCGUUUAGACAAUCAGAAGCAAUCACGAAAGACUUUAUCGUUUACUCUCUGACUUAAGGGCUGGUCACUUUGAUGCAGAUGCUCUCUUAGCCAAACUCCCAGAAGUCCAUCAUACUAGAAUUGAUCACAGAGAGUACCUCAUCAAUGUCAGAACCAUUUUUGGAUACGAAUCUUAAAGAGAAAAAGAGAAAAAAGUAGAUUUAUGAAAUAGAGUAUAUAUAUAUAAUUUAAGUUUAUUAUUAUUUUAUCAUUAUCUCA